AUGUCUUCAAUCGGCUGGAACACCAUCGAAUCGGACUGUGGCGUUUUCACCACUCUGGUGGAGGAGCUCGGAGUCUCUGGAAUCGAGUUCUUCGACGUUCUCUCUAUCGAUCCCGACUCUCUGGCUCAAUUCAACCCUCUGUACGGUAUCAUAUUUCUGUACAAGUACCGAAAGAGCGAAUACGCCGUCUCUCGAGAAUACUCUGAGACUGAGAAGAACGCCAGCGGCCAAUUUUUCUUUGCCCACCAGAAGAUCCAGAAUGCUUGCGCCACCCAGGCCAUCCUCAGUGUACUGUGCAACUUGCCAGAGGACAUUGAAAUCGGACCAAUCCUGUCAAAUUUCAAGGAAUUCUCGCGUGACAUUGAUCCCGAGACGAGGGGAGAGAUUCUUGGAAUGUCUGAUGAAAUCCGUCAGGCUCAUAACUCGUUCAGCAGACCCAACCCCUUUGAGUCCGGCGACGAUGACCGAGAAACCCCAGACGAGGAGAACGACGGUCUGUACCACUUUGUGGCCUAUGUGCCAAUCAACGGACAAUUGUGGGAGCUUGAUGGAUUGAAACAGUACCCUGUCAACUACGGUGGCUGCACAAAUGAAGAGUUCCCCGAAAAGGUCAGCAGUGUGCUAAUGGAGCGUGUACAGAAGGCCCCCGGAGGGGACUUGCGGUUCUCCGUACUUGCUGUGUCUCGAGACAGACGGGAAGUGCUCAAGGAGAAUGGCGGGUCCACUACCGAGCUUGUGGUAGAAGAUCUUAAGCGAAAAGAAUGGACUCGGGACAACGCUCUGCGACGAGAAACAUUUGUGGGUCUUAUCAACGAGUUGGUGAAGGGUGUUGUUGGCGGCAUGGGCGAUGAGCAGUACAAGAAGGCUCUUGAACAGGGUCGAGAGAAGACGAAGGAGAUGUAUGCCAAGCGGGCUUAG